UUCCCCUCUCCUGUAUUUCUAAGACCCCCUCUCCAGAUCUGUCACAUGACUGUGAUGUCAUCAUAGGUCCUUUCUCUUCCAGAAAUCUAGCAGCUUCUCUGGGUAACAAAAAAGAAGACAGAUCCCUUAAUGUGACCAGCAUUUGGAUGCAUAAUCCCACAGAUUGCCAUCAGGACAGUCCUGCUGCAGAGGAAGUGCAAUGAUUCUGCUGUGCCUGAACUUGGGGACUUGGUUACUCUUCAUAUCAUCAGCCAAGGCUAGUCCUGCAGAUGAAAGUGCAGCAAGGCGAGGUCACACUGAUCAAGGGGACUCAGCUUUGGAUGAGAAACACCAGGAUACCUAUGGCACAUUUGCUUCUGAAUUUUAUGACUUAAGAUAUCUUUCAGAAGAAGGAUAUCCUUUCCCCACUGCUCCUCCUGUAGAUCCAUUUGCAAGAAUACGUGUGGAUGACUGUGGCAAAACGAAAGGAUGUUUUAGGUAUGGAAAACCAGGGUGUAAUGCAGAGACCUGUGAUUACUUUCUGAGCUAUCGUCGUAUUGGUGCUGAUGUGGAGUUUGAGCUCAGUGCUGACACCGAUGGAUGGGUAGCUGUUGGGUUUUCUUCAGACAAAAAAAUGGUAAAAAAACAUGUUACAUGUUGA